AUGCAGCAGCGACCUCCUGCUUCUCCGGAACCUUCAGAAGAGCUGGAGACCGAUGAAAACGACGUUCUGAAGAUUGUUUCGAUCAAUUUGGCCGCCAGUUGGCUGGCCGGUCUAUCUCUUUACGUGGCAGCAGAAUAUGAAUCCCUUCUUUGGCUUCUCGUUUGUCUCGUUGCGGUAAGUUCAAAAUCAUUUGGCUUGUUUUCUGGUCGUCUUGCAACUCUGAUACUAUGAAGGGAAAUCCGCUAAGGCAACAGUUCAAAAUUUGCUUAAAUUCGAGUCAAGCUUGAAGAAAUUUUCGGACUGAAAACCGCUCCCAGACUAUUGUUUCAGCCAAAUGAACAUUUUCGCAAAGUCUGACUCGUCGCUCGUCGCUCUGACCCCAGCGCUAACUUUUUUCUUGUCGCUCUAGGAAAACAGUUCAUAACUCGAAAACUAAUUUUUUUUGAAAUAGACGAUCAACUACAAACUUAUUCACGAGAUAAUUUGCGUUAACUUACUAGUUGACCAUAUUUGCAACGGACGCGUGGUUCUUGAGAUACAGGUCGCCGAAGAUGAACUUGCCAGGAAAAUGUGGCAGAAACAGGCAGAUUUACUCGCCAGCCAGUGAGUGCUCUUAGCAAAAAUAGAGAGCAGAUUCGGAUUCUCCGUGAAAUUCUCUUUCGAAUCGUGUAGGUCCCAUUCCAAAAGCGCAAGGUAAGUGCGGGCCAUUCCCUAGUUAGCGAAAUUCUGAGAGUUCCCUUGUGAAGAAUACGAAUUUCAGUACUGCUUCCUGCUGAGCAAAUGCUGGCGCGACAAAGCCGACAGUCUCUCGGAACCCGGCUCUCCGAUCGUCAUCAUCCUCUUCUCCAUUCUAACCUACUUUUCCAUACAGUACAUGGGAGUUGCGACGAGUGGAUGCGUGAGUAUCGCCUCCCAAUCAACUGUUUCAAUCAACUGUUUCUUUUAGUACCUGAUGGGCACGCUUUCUCUCAUUCAAAUAUGCCGUGAAGCGUGGUACCCUUUCGCGGAAAUCUUCCAGUCGGCCAUCGAAAAGAUAUUCCUGGAUCCUCGCCCCGAAGAUCCCAUUCCACGUUUCUACUGGCUGCAACAAGUCGGCGUUCCGUUCGGCGGUUGCGCACUGAGCACUUUUGUCAAAAUCUACACUGGACACAAUCAUCCGGACUAUUAUGAGUUUGUACUGCUUUUGGUAAGCCCAGCCCGGCCCGGGGCACACAAACUACAUUGAUAUUGCACGUUUCUAGUCGAUGGUCCACGACUACCUGGUGCCACUUUACGCCGAAUGGUACUUUGUCGAGUGGUUCAUCGUCUCGUUCUCUUCAAAAUGCACCGUUUGGAUUCUUCUCAGAAUCUUCUAUAAAUUCGGAGGCUUUGCCAUAAGCAUUGUAAGUACCGCACUCGCCUUCUAAACAGCAGCCACGGUCUCGAGAGCUGACAAUAUGGGCGUGGCCUCGGCGGCCAAAUGGCGUUUUCAUGAAUUGAGAGCAGGUUUCCUCUGAUUUUUGUGGUCAAAGGCGAUGAAAAAUGAUUGUUCGACAUGAAAACACACUAAUUCUCAGAAUUAAUGACGUUUUGGCGCAUUUUUCGCGGAUUUCGCUUUUUCGCCUUCGCCGCCGAUCGCCGCCUAAAAACCGCACUUCUCAUUUUGCGCUUUCUUGACCGUUUUCCGACAGAAUUAGUUUUGAGAAUAAUAAAUCACGUAAAGACAAGCAUUUUGAGCGCUCGAACCGCGAAAACUACCGAAAAGCAACUGAACUUCACGCAGUUUUAGCCAAAACCUUCAAACGGAUAAAUGUGAUUUGCGACUUGACCAAAUUUAACGCUCUUGCGCUUAAAAAAUUUGUAAUAGCCUAUACAAUCGGUCUAUCGAGAGACAAAUGAGAAAUUAUCGAUUUUUCGUGGCUAUUCUGGCAAAAAACACAAAUUUUGCUGUUAACAUUUGAAUUUCGCGCCAAUGUAUCGCUCUAUUGGGCGGGGCGCACUUGCGCGCCCAUUGUCAGCUCUGAGGAGACCGUGGCUAACAGUAUCUUUCAUAUUUCAGUUAUUUUCCACUGCCGCCGUUUUGCUCGCUUCUUACGUCGGCGCACACAUGUUCCCUGUCUACCAGAAGAAUGUUCGGGAGCUCAGAAAAGUCAGUGAGGAACUGAAAAUAAUGAAGGCGGAGAUGCGGAAGAUCAAGCGAGGAAUGAGGGAGUUUAUGGAGAAUGAAGGCUUCGAGAUGGUUCCCAACGAGGCUCCGAGAUCACCGGCUCCUGAUUUCUAA